GUUAUAUUGGAGACUCAGUCAGCAAGGCAACCCCUUGAGUGACAGUCCUAGCAUCUAGCUGGAAAGGAAAUCUGUUUGGAACAAAAGAAAUCUCUGUUGGGAAAGGAAAGUUGUGUUUGAAAAGGUAUUAGCACAGUUUGGUUUUUCUUGUGGGUAAAGAGACUUCUGGAAGAAAAGGAAAAUGAAGCAGAAAUGAUGGAAGGAAAAGAGGUGGGAGAUGAACUUCAAAAGAGCAAGAGCAAGCAAGAAAGGGAAAGGAUCAAAAGAGAAGAAAUUUAAAAGAUUUCUACACCCAAUGUGAUUGGUUCUGAGAUCCCAAAAUCAAGCUGUAAUCUAGUUUGCUGAAAUUUAGUUUGUAUAGAAUGUUGAAACUGAGUCUGGAAAAGUGAGAGCAUACAGAAGGCUCCAACUUGACUCUGCCUUGCCCAAAGAGUGUCUGACUUUUGCCAGCUCCUUUCUGGCUGAUGACAUGAUGGAUAGUAGGACCUUCAUUUUCAUGACAGAUGUCUGCAUUCACAUCUAGAAAGCCAAAGAUGGAAGACAUUGGACAGAACCCAUUGGAUGAUGGGCAGGAGAUAACAGAAAUACCGACUUUAGAAGCCAUAAAACAGAAUCUCAACUAUCUGAACUUGGACCUUGAAAAGGAUCUACAGAGGCUGGAUGAGGCCAAUCAGAUUCUCCUCAGAAAGAUUCAAAAGAAAGAGGAAUCUAUUCAAAGUCUUGAAAGAGAUAUUGCCCUGUCCAUUGGAAAAGUCUCAGAGAAGGAUGACCUCAGUGAGAUCACAAUACAGAGGGAGAAUGCCCUGAAGGACCUGGAGCUGGAGACAGCAAAGCUGGAGAAAAAGAAUAAGACCCUAAGCAGGAAUGUCAUGGAACUUCAGAAAAAGAUUUCAAGAGGACUUAAAAAUGCUGGCCCUGAUUCAGAAACCCUGAAAAAGAAAAUAGCAGAAUUGAAGGUGAAACUACAAAAGUCAACCGAGUCCUGUGCACAACAAGAGAAGGAAAUGGCCAAGAUGGAAAGUGACUACCAAUCUGUGUACCAGCUCUGUGAAGACCAGGCCCACUACAUAAAGAAAUACCAAGAAAUUCUGAGGGAGAUGGAGAAGGAACAAGAAAUGAUGCUGCUUGAAAAAGAAAUAUCCAAAGCCCAGAAUGACUCUUCGCAAGUAGUGGAACCUGGGGCAACUCUGGUAGAGACCAUUCAAAGCAACAUGGCACUUCCGGUACCUUUUCUUCAUGAUCAUGGUCUUCGUCCGGCUAUUGGGUUAUCUGUUGUUCCACCUGCAGUAUAUAAACCCGGACUUUCUCGUGGACACUCUGCCCGUGCUGAUGAGCAGAAGCACGCUGAAGUGGCUGAGGGACAUAUUGUUUCCCUUCCUUACUCUAGAGGUGGAAGAUGUGCUACCACACUAGUGUUGGGUGACCUGCCAGGCCUCACAUUGCACCCCCAAUGGAAGGGCCAUGGCUGUGGCCCUGGGUUGGUGAUGUGGGCCAGCAAGGAACUGGAAUCCUAUGACUCAGAGCCUCUAUGUGACAGCUAAGCUUUAUAUUUGAUUCUCUCCUGGAGUGUCUCUCUGUCAAAUACAGAAUGCAUUUGACCAGA